UCGCAUUGCAUUCCGAAACGAAACACUACUUUCUGUUUCUGUAUAGUUUGUUUUUCACCUUAGAACAAUGAGAUGUAGCAGUAAUUAUAGAAAUAAGCAUACUUUUGUUUCGCUUUAUGGUUUGCAAUAAUAUGUUGUAGAAUUGCGCAUCGCUGUAAGAGUUUUGAAUGUGUGCAUGUUGGCGUUGUAAAAGUUCAGUAUGUCAUCAAGUCCUAUGCAUCUAAGUUAGCUAAUGAUAAGUUCUUACUCAUCGCAUACUGUUUAAAUUAGUAAACGAAGAACACCACUGAUAUCAGCGGAUAGUGUACACCACACCUUUACUCGGAAUGGAUAACCCAGACCCUCCUUCACCUGCUACAAAAAGAUCUGAUAAAUUUUCUGCUGGUGAUACCUCGCUAAAUGGAUUAAAUGAAAAAACAAAUUUAAGGAAAAAUAAGGAAUUAGAUACGUAUUUUCAAGAAAGAAUUACUAUACCAGAGACUGAAAAUUAUAAAUUUAGCUUCAGAAAACUAUGGGCUUUCACUGGUCCUGGAUUUUUAAUGAGCAUAGCUUAUUUAGAUCCAGGUAAUAUUGAAUCUGAUUUGCAAUCAGGAGCAACAGCUAGUUAUCAUCUUUUAUGGGUGCUCAUGUGGGCUACUGUUCUUGGACUUUUAAUGCAGCGGCUAGCAGCUCGUCUUGGAGUUGUCACUGGUUUACAUUUAGCAGAAGUGUGCGAAAGGAGGUUUCCACCAGUGCCUCGAUAUCUGCUGUGGAUUAUGGUUGAAAUUGCCAUUGUGGGAUCUGAUAUGCAGGAAGUUAUUGGGACAGCUAUAGCUUUUUAUCUUCUUUCCUUUAGGAAAAUACCUCUUUAUGCGGGAGUCUUGAUUACAAUUGCUGAUACCUUUACUUUUUUGCUUCUUGAUAAAUAUGGAUUAAGAAAAUUGGAAGCAUUUUUUGGUUUCUUAAUCGCUGUUAUGGCUGCAACAUUUGGUUAUGAAUAUUUUUCUGCUCUUCCUCCUCAAGAUCAAGUUAUUGAAGGAUUGGUUGUGCCUUGGUGUUCACAUUGCGAUUCUCAAGCUCUUACUCAAGCUGUUGGAAUUGUUGGAGCUGUUAUUAUGCCACAUAAUUUAUACCUUCAUUCUGCUCUUGUGAAGUCAAGAGAAGUUGAUCGAACAAAUAAAAACAAAGUGAAAGAAGCAAAUUUUUAUUUUUUUAUUGAGUCUGGUAUUGCACUUCUCGUAUCUCUCAUCAUAAAUAUCUUUGUUGUUGCUGUGUUUGCAAAGGGACUGUUUGGAAAAACCAAUGCAUAUGUAUAUGACCUAUGCAUAUCAAAAAACAGUUCUUACUCAGAUGUAUUCCCAAAUGACAACACAACUCUUCAAGUUGAUAUCUUUAGAGCUGGUGUAUUUUUAGGCUGUGAAUAUGGCAACAUUCCUCUGUAUAUUUGGGCCAUAGGUAUCCUUGCGGCUGGUCAGAGUUCUACAAUGACUGGUACUUAUUCUGGCCAGUUUGUAAUGGAGGGAUUCCUGAAUCUCAAAUGGUCUCGAUGGAAGCGGGUGUUGCUGACUCGUUGCAUUGCUAUUGCACCUACCCUCUUCAUUACAAUCUACAGUGACAUUAAGAAUCUUACUCAAAUGAAUGAUUACCUGAAUGCUCUUAUGUCAUUGCAAUUACCAUUUGCUCUCUUUCCUACAUUAAUAUUCACUUCAUCAAAAGGUGUGAUGGGAGACUUCCAGAAUGGAAUCACCAAUAAGAUUAUCAUCACAUUAUUGGGCAUAGCUGUCUUUGGGAUCAAUAUCUACUUUGUGGGGCAGACUGCUAAGGAGAAUCUCCCAGAUCAUUGGGCUGUAUAUCUUGCAGUAGCAUUAUACAUAUUAUUUUAUGUUUCUUUUAUUUUAUAUUUGGUUUUCUGUUUUCUGUAUGUCCUAGGAUUCCAAAGAGUUGCUGGUAUACCUUUUAUUGGAUCCUACGUUGUGGAACCAUAUGAUUUAAACCAAGGAUUGACUGAAUCAAGGACUGAAAUGUACAAAUCAACAGAAUUUAUUGAUUCUCCUUCAAAUCCUGUAGAAUAUAAGAACUUAGAUUUCGUUGACUGAAAAAUGACAUUUUAGUAUUGCAUGACCCUGCAUGUUUUUCAGUGUGUAAAUUAUCACAGCACUGUGUAAAUAACCACUCCAAUCAGCUUUGUGUUAUUAUUAAGCCUGUGCAAUUUUUUGUAAAAAUGCUUUUGUGUUACAUUUCAUUUUUUUUCUUUUUCCUUUGCAGUUUUUUUUUUUUUGUUCAAAGCUUUAUAUGUGCUCUGUCCAUUGCUUUUUAAAUUGUUUAAUUAACUAAAAAGAAGUAUUUUGACAGUAAGUAAUUCUUACUAAUGAUUAAGCAGUUUUCAUCCGUCCAAUGCAAUUGUACAAUUUAUCAAUCUCUUUCCUAUUAAUUAAUUUUUCAUAUUUCCUGAAAUUC